AGGGAAGAAAAAGAGACAGCUUUUCUAAGCAAAACCCCAAGGCUUUAGCUUUAUCUCUUUUGUUAGAACAAUAACAGCUUUAUCUCUUUAAUCUUUUUAAGUCUUUAUGCUCCCACUUCUGGAUCGGGUCCCAUUCUAGACUUUUUAAACCUUGCAUGUUGAUGGCGAUAGACAAAAAGCCCUUCAUCAGCUUUUCCACGCCACCUAUCUGACUCUUGGAGGCUCAUCUUCUUCACUUCUACCUUUUUUUCUCUCUCUAUAUAUAUCCAAAUCCGGCUUUAUCUUUCUGUAACUGUCUAUAAUCUCUCUCUCUCUCUCUCUCUCUCUCUAUUUUUCUUUCCUCAUCAUGGCCGGCCAUGAAAAUGGCAUCAAGCUCUUUGGAACUACAAUUACGUUGCAAGGUCAACAAAAGCUCAAACAAGAAAGCAAAGAUGGUGGUGGAGCUGAGGCUAAAAGGCCUGACAAAAUCAUACCUUGUCCCAGAUGCGAGAGCAUGGAGACCAAGUUUUGUUAUUUCAAUAAUUACAAUGUUAACCAACCUAGACAUUUCUGCAAAGGCUGCCAGAGAUACUGGACUGCCGGUGGGGCUCUCCGGAAUGUCCCCGUGGGUGCCGGCCGCCGGAAAACCAAACCACCUGAUCGCGGGGGGCAUGCCGGGUUCCCUGAAGGGUGUUUGUUCGAUGGUUCGGGUGAGGUGCACCAGCUUGAGUUGGAUGGGGUGGUGGUGCAAGAGUGGCACGUGGCGGCUCAUGGGAAUUUUCAACAUGUAUUUCCGGUGAAACGGCGACGGAGCAACUCAGGUGGUCAACCUUAUUGAUUUUUAAUUUAUUAUUUUAGGGGCCGGGGCUAUGCUGUUCAGAUAAAUUAAAAGAAAAUUGUACAAUCAAUGCAAGUAGUGCAUAUACAGGCUGGUUUUGAUUAA